UCACCCAUCACCAACACCAUCACCGCCCAUCACCGCCACGCCUUCGUACACUGGUCUGCCCAUCAUGGCGUCUACAUCUGCUUCCACCUCUGCCACCUCCUCCCCGCACUCCUUUUCCAUAGUGGGCAGGAAUCUCAAGCUCAACACAGCGGAAGACAUUCGCCCCGUCUUGGAUGAGCUGGAGAAAGUGCAGCCCCUCGAGGAAGUUCACUUCGGUGGGAAUACCCUCGGAGUAGAAGCUUGCCAGGCGCUAGCAGACGUGCUUCAGACCAAGAAGGAACUCAAGGUAGCAGACUUUGCAGACAUCUUCACAGGCCGACUCAUCUCUGAGAUUCCCCUCGCUCUCAAAGCUCUCUGUGACUCGCUCAUAUCGCACACCUCCUUAGUAGAGCUCAACCUCUCUGACAAUGCUUUUGGCGGUAGGUCAGCCGAGCCCAUGGUCGACUUUCUCUCAACCAACCGGCACUUCCAGGUGCUCAGGCUAAACAACAACGGACUUGGUAUCCAGGGAGGGUCCAUCGUCGCAAGCGCUCUCAUCAAGCUUGCAGAUAGGCUCAAGGAGGCUGGAGAAGAGUCACAGCUAAGGACGGUCAUCUGCGGCAGGAACCGCCUCGAGAACGGAUCCGCCCCCGUUUGGGCAGAAGCCUUCAAGAAGCAUGGCGGACUCAGGGAGGUGAGGAUGUUCCAAAAUGGGAUCAGAAUGGAAGGUAUCGAAGUUUUGAGUCAAGGACUCAGCCAUUGCAAAUCUCUUGAGGUUCUGGAUUUCCAAGACAACACAGCUACCGUGCGAGGAUCGAGGGCAAUCGCAAAGGCGCUGUCCUCGUGGCCCUCUCUGACUACGCUCAACCUCUCGGACACACUGCUCAAGCCGCGUGGAGGAGCAAUGAUCUUCGAACAACUAGCUAAGGGAUCCAACAAUAAGCUCGAGAAUCUACAGUUGCAGUACAACGACCUUGACAGGAAGGCUCUCUCUACUCUCGCCUCUGCUAUCAGCCGACACCUUUCCAGCCUGGCCAAGCUCGAGAUCAACGGAAACUGGGCAGACGAAGAAGACGACUGCAUUGAAGCCAUCAAGAAAGCUCUUGAGGCCCAUGGUCACGAAGAGGCUUUGGAUGAGCUCGACGAGAUGGACCCAGAGGGAGAAGAGGACAGCGAUGCGGACGAGGAGGAGCAGGACGAGGAGGACGAAGCCGAGGUGUCACAAGCUACUGCUGCCGUUGUUGUCGGCGGCCCGAGCGGCGCUUCAGCUACCUCUGCUGCAUCCGAAGUACCCAGCAAGGAACCCAUGGCGGUACCAGCUUCUUCAGGCACAUCCGCAGCUACCAAGGACAAGACUGAAUCCGUAACCGACUCCCUCGUGAGCUCGGCUCAUGGAGAGGACAAGAAGAUUGCUGAGGUUGCCGCCGAUGUCUCGAGGAGCGCUCAGGCUGUACCGGAAAAGAAGGAGCAGAUUGAUGCAACGGCCGAUGUGGGCGCCUCGGCGCAGGCCGUGUAUGAGCAAGACGAGAAGGACAAGCAUGGAGGGAGUGCCCUGGAUGAUUUGACGAAGCAGCUAGCUGGUGCAGGCAUCAGCUCUGGUCAGUGAACAUUGAUGUCAUGGUGUGGUGGAUGAUAGAGCUGCAAUACAUACCGAGUUUCCAAGGCAGUCAGAGCCACACCCGUG